UUUAAAAAAAAUAAUUUUAAGAUGACCGAAAUGGAAGUGAGUGAAAAUAGCGGCACAAGUGAAGAUGUCGCGAAAGUUUCCGACCUAACAGUUGGCAACAACGUCUCGGCUGGUAGCAGUUCAAGAAAUAAUCGUACCAAAGUGUUGAGUGAGGAACUGAGACGCUCUUUGAUGAAUUUGGACGAAGAGAGGAGAAAGAUUGAAUUAGAGAUAGCAGAACUGAACGAAAUGCUCAACAAUGAGAUCGGUGCUGGACUGCACGAACCACUGGUAGACUCGGAGGACUACCCUCGCAGUGACAUAGACGUGCAUCUGGCCAGAAUAUCCAGACACAGAGUGGCAUGUCUGCAGACUGACCACAGCCAGAUCAUGUCCCAGAUACAACACAAACUGCACCAGCUGCACUCCCUCACUCGAGACAGAUCGGCACUAUCACCUGAUGAAAGAUCACUAAACGAGAACAGUGCCGAGAACGAUCCGAAACCAUACAUACCACCUCCCACUUUGGAACCUUUCCUCAGAGUCGAGCAAGUUAUUGACGGAUCGCCAGCUUACAAAGGCGGAUUGAGAAACCAAGAUCUAGUGCUUCGUUUCGGAUCAGUGACGAAAGAUAACUUCAAUGACAACCUAGCAGUGAUCGGAAAUAUGUUGUCGGGGCACCAGGGCUCGGUUAUAGGACUUGAAGUGACCCGUGAAGAAUGCCAACGGCCUUUGAGGUUGUCACUCACUCCCCAUGUAUGGUCGGGGAGGGGUUUACUCGGCUGCAAAAUGGUACCGUUGCCGAAAUAGGAAUAUAGUAAUUGAAGUCUCCCAAGUCCGUGAGAUGGAAAUGCAAAGUGACUGGUCGUCAGAAAAAUUGAAGCAACUGUAGUGUUUAGUAAGAUAGACUUGAAAUGCAAUAUAACGAUGUGCAUACUGUAGAUCUAAUUUUGAAGAACAUAAAAACAAGUUUGGCUUUUUCUUACGAAAACUACUUACGCUGUUGAGUGAGUUUACAUGGUUUAUUGUAUUUCGAACUUAAAUAAUUUUAAUUAAAUUUUGGCGUAUAUUGGUUCCUUGAUUGAGUAAAAUUUGUUUUAGGAUAUUU